AUGUCGUCGCAAACAAAAUGGAGGGAGGAGCAGAUCCUCGUCAUCUGCCCUGGCUCCUCCACAACCAUGGCCCAGCUAGGCUGCAGCGAAUUGACGCCGCCCUCGCAACGCUUUCCGACGCGCAUGUUUAAGGACGAACAGAAUGGGGGUUGGAGGCCAUAUCAUACUUUCAAGAGAAAGAAGAACAACCCAUCGGAGUCUAAUGGAGGCGCGCAGAAUGGAGGUGUUGAUGAUGUCAAGGUUGAGGAAGAGUACGAGGUCGUCGAGGACCCGGACUCCAGUGAGGGCGCGGUGUACCCCAUACGUGGUGGCCGCAUCGUAAACAUGGACGCCUUUCUCGCCUUCAUGGACCACGUCCACAGCAUGCUAACCACAACCUACCACAAUACUCCGAUUACGCUCAUGGCAUCGCCUCAGUGGACGCGCCCCGACUGCGAAGCCAUCGCGCGCUAUGUUUUCGAAAAGACCAAGACCCCGGCACUGUGCCUCAUCCACAGCGGCGUCGCGACACAAUACGGACUGCGGUGGCCUACCAUGACGGUCGUCGACAUCGGCUUCCAGAAGGUGGAUGUGACAUGCAUAUACGAUAACAGGGUUGUGAACCACAAGGAUGUGGGCUUGACAACUCCUGAUAGUACGGAGGAGGCGGCCAUCUCCGGCGGGGAGGUGUUUACCCUCAAGCUCCAGAAGUUGCUCUCGAGCAAGGGCUUCAGCUACGACAUGGCAGAACAGCUGAAGAAGAGUCAGAUCUGCGAGGUUCUGCCGUAUGCGGCGGAUCAGCCUGGGCUGAUGGAGCUUCCUUCGGCGAGUGGAGCAGGCCAGCAGCCUGCCACGGCACCCACGGGUCAACCAGCUGCUCAAGCGGCGGCCGGCACAACGAGCGACGGACCAGUGGGUGCGGAGGGCGAGGAUGGGCCAGCUGGAGAUGAAAAGGGUGCCGAUAAUGACGGCGUUCUUGACAUCGCGAACAUCGUUACGAGCGGUCAAACGAAAGAGUUCCUCGCCAAGAAGGAGAAGGAGAAGCAGGAGAAGGCCAAGGCAGGCAAAAAGGGCAAAGGGCAGGACGCCGCAGAUGCAAACAAGCCCUCACGACUGCCGAACUCGAAGAGGUUGAAAAAUGUUUUCCACUUUGAAGAGAUCACCCAUGAAGAGCCCGCGCCAGCGCCAGCGCCCGCGCCCGUGCCAGUAAAAGCUGUCGAUCAGCCGAAGGAGGAUGUCGUACCGCCUGCCAAUGGUGAGGAGCCGAAAGUGGAGGGAGCACCAACAGGUGAGGCAAACAAGCCGACGGGUGAACAGCCAAGUGGCGAUGCCUUCAAGGUAGACAACUUUUUACCGCCCCCGGACUCGGCAUCCGCACAACCAGCGUCCUCGGAACCGCAACCAAAGCGCAUCAAGAAAGACAUCGAGAUCGGCCUCGAGAGAUUCACCUUUGCGGACCGCGCCGAGAUCGACCGGAUCGUGGCAACCAUCUACCAGGCCGUGCAGGAGAUUGGCGACAUGUACAUGCGGCCCGGCUGCUGGGACAACAUCGUGUUUGUGGGCAACGGCAGCCGCAUCCGCGGGUUGAAAGACAACAUCCUACAGACCCUGACGUCGCGACACUUGAUUUCGCCCAGCAGCGCGACAAUGUUUACAUCGGAGCUACCUUCUAAUGUGGCGACUCCCGCCGGAACAGGGUCGCAGACACCAACGGGCAGCUUCACAGGCCCGCCACACACAAUGCCCACGGGUGCCUCGUCGGGGGUCAACCCGUUGCUGCAGGCUGCCACGACGGCGGCGUCGCUGCAACAAACACCUCACCCAGGCGUGUCUACCCCAGGCGGCGCGCCGGGUUCUACGUCGGGUGACGGGUCUGCUCCGCACAUGUCGCACCACUUCCACAGCCAGACGCCGACGUCGAUCAAGCUGGCGGCAAUGCCGACGUACCUGGCCGAGUGGACGAAACAUGGGUUCGAGGAGGCCAUGUUCCUGGGCUCGCUGGUGGCCGCACGCCUGGUAUUCUGUGUGCAUAACUUGGAUGCGCAAGGGCUGGAGGCGCAGAGGUCCAUGAGCCUGCACCGUGUGGAUUUCAAUGAGCUUGGUCCUAAGGCUAUCAGGACGCAUUCCAUGCUGGGCUGA